CUCACCCCUUUCUCUAAUUUUCGACCUUUUGAAUCUUUACAAUCCACAGACAAAAUGCCCUACAAGAACGAAAGCUCUAUUGAGAUCGCUGCGCCGCCUGCGAAGGUGCGGGAAAUUUUCCUGAACUUCUCGGCAUACCCAGAAUGGCACACCGAUUUCAUCAAGGGGAUCGAGAUCCAAGAUAAGGACAAGACCGCUCAGACGCUCGCAGAUGGCGACAAGCUCGAUGUCAACAUUGAGAACUUCAAGUUCAUUGCCGAAAUCAAGGCCAACUCUGAAGAUUUGUUCUCGUGGCAGGGUCCACCCGUCUUCACUAUCGCCGGUCUUCAUAGAUUCCACAUCGAGCCUACCAAGGAUGGCGCGGCCACUAUCUUCACGCAGUCGGAGGAGCUCAAGGGUCUGCUGGCCUGGAUGAUGAGUCCGUCGCUGCUGGGCAAGAAGAUGAAGGCCCACUUUGCCGAGUUCAAUCGCGACCUCAAGGCUCGGGCUGAAGCUUCUUAG